AUGUAUGCUGAUCGGGUGGAAAGUGGAGCGAGGAGGUCUGUCAAGGAACGUCUUGAUGGGAACAUCAGUGUAUCUACUCGGCAGCAACGCCAAGUCACCGGCAAAAGGUCAAGGCAGGAUGACAAGUGGGAACAUGAUCUAUAUGAUGAUGAUGAACAACCCCAGAUCACCAAUCGCAAAGUAACUAGUCAAGAUCUUCGUCAUAAGCUUCAAAGGAAAGGUCUUCAACCUGCAACUCAGAGUGGAAAAAGAACUGCUCCAAACAUCCGAGAUCUUCGCGAAAGAUUAUCGGGGACAAUGAAUUCACAACCUAAGAACUCCGAUCCACCGAAGUCAAAAGUGAUUGCUAAACCGAGCAGUAAUAGUGUUGGUGCUGAGGCUCCUGUAGUCAAAAGACCAGCUAACCCAGCUCCUAAAAAGGCACGGAAGGCUGAUACUACAGUGGAUGAUUUUUUGCUGACCAUGGGUCUCGAAAAGUAUCUCAUAACUUUUCAAGCUGAAGAAGUUGAUAUGGCAGCUCUCAAACAUAUGAAUGAUGAGGACCUCAAGGCCAUGGGUAUACCAAUGGGGCCAAGAAAGAAGAUACUUUUAGCAUUGGAGUCAAAACUCUGA